AUGGAUUUAUUUUCGAAAUAUGCUGUCUCGUGGAGCAUAUUUUUAAUAAUAAUUAUAGAUAUCAUUAGAACUUAAAUGAAAUUAUGUCAAAUUCUACUAUUCUUGAAUUGCUAACUCUUAGUGCUUACAAUUCAAAACUGCAAAUAUUCGAUUACGUUAGACCUAAUGGCAAAAUCAAUUCUUAGAGGCCAUUACAAGGAUGUAGCCUCUGAAUCCAAUGGGGCAAUGGUUUCAAGUGCAAGAUAAAAUCAAUUUCUUGGGAUCACCAACUAAAAUCCUAGUCCAUUAAGAGAUUCAAUAUAUGCUGUUUAAGUGAAUAAUGGGCAUAUAAAUACAUUUUAUUUGCUUGAAGUUUCAUUUGCAUAAACUCAUGAGAUAAAUUAAAUAAUGAUCUGGUUCUACGAUUUAGACAAUAGAAACAGUUAUUUCAAUCUAACUGUCAAAAAUAAAGACAACAUUGAAAAAGUAGUGUUUGAAGGUUAACACGUGUAAAGAAUUGUCAAAGUAAGCAUUCCAGAUCAAAUGGUAUCAAGUUUAAAAUUAACAUAUAUGUCUGGUGGCACAUUUGCUGAUUUAGUCAUUUUCAAAAUAUAAGCUUAUUAUGCAAAUAGAAGCUCAACUUGA